AUGCAGUUCUCCAAGAUCUCCGCUGUUAUUUUGACCGUCCUCGCUGCUGGUGUCACUGCAGCUCCGUUCGCUGAGGCCGACACUGCCCCAGCUGUCCGCGAAGAGGCUGCUCCUGGCCAGCCGGAGUGGCCGGAUGAACACCCGGCAAUCUCUAAGCGCGGAUUUGGAUGUCCUGGUGAUCGCUAUCAAUGCAGCGAACAUUGCAGGAGCUUGGGCGGUGGACGCACUGGUGGCUACUGUGGUGGGCACUGGUGGCUAGGACACCCUACCUGCAUCUGCACCUUUUAA